AGCUGUGGAUCAGAAAGGGCAAAGUAUAUUAAAUGGACAAGUAGAAGGAGCAGAUAAGAAUGCUGAGGAAGAUUCUAGAGCCAGGCUUUCUGACAAACCUGGUCCUGACGAUUCAUGGUCUACCUCAUCUAGCGAAGACUUAGAUUUUGGUACCAAGAGUAUGUCUGAGAAGCCCAACAAAUAUGUCCCUCAUGUCUCUGGAGCUGUGGAUCAGAAAGGGCAAAGUAUAUUAAAUGGACAAGUAGAAGGAGCAGAUAAGAAUGCUGAGGAAGAUUCUAGAGCCAGGCUUUCUGACAAACCUGGUCCUGACGAUUCAUGGUCUACCUCAUCUAGCGAAGACUUAGAUUUUGGUACCAAGAGUAUGUCUGAGAAGCCCAACAAAUAUGUCCCUCAUGUCUCUGGAGCUGUGGAUCAGAAAGGGCAAAGUAUAUUAAAUGGACAAGUAGAAGGAUCAGAUGAGAAGGCUGAGGAAGACUCUAUAACCAGGCUUUCUGACAAACCUGGUCCUGAUGAUUCAUGGCCUACAUCAUCUAGCCAAGUCUUACAUUUUGGUACCAAGAAUGUCCUGAAAUCACGCAUAGCAAAGCUCCUGCAUUCCUCUUGGCAAUUCAUUAAAAACAUGAGACCAAAACGUGGUACUAUGAAACCAAAAGAUGGAACCUUAUCUGAGGACAACAAUCCUGAUUCUGAAAAUAAAAAUAUGGCUGAAACUCUUUCCAAACCACCAGUCAGAGUUUAUGGCGAUCCUGUUCCUGUUUUACCAUCAUCUAAAUCUCUUCUGAAACCUUCUCUCAAGACGUUAGCUGUCCUUGGUCUUGCAAAGUAUCAAGUUCCAUUAAAGGUUGAAGAAAAAAAGAAGCACAGAGGAAGUGACAUAGAAGUAUCAGAAAACAUACAUGAUGCUGCGGCUGCUGGAUUAAUUCCACAAAGACAGAAUGGAAAAACUGAUAACCAUCAAUUGCCUAUUACAGAAAAUAAAGAUUCUGAUAGGAGGGAACCUGGUUUACAUAUGAAGAAGUUAAAGAAAGGUGAAAAUGAAAAAGGGACAUCAAAAGGAUCUGUGAUCACACCAGUGUUGCAGAAGGCAGAUUCCCUAACUGGUGGUCCACUACAAAAGAAUGAUGGCAGCCAUUUCAGUGAAAAGGAUCAGCAUGAAAGCAGACCUGCAAAGAAAAUUUCUAAGAAAAAGAACAAGGUCAAAAAGCAAAUUACCUCUAUGGAUGACCUUGUCGACUUCAUUCAGUCAUCUGAAACAGCUUCAGAGCAUUGUGAGUUGCCUUACUCUAAGAAUUUCAUGUUGCUGAUUGAACAACUUGGCAUGGAUUGUAAAGAUUAUGCUGGCUUCUUGAAAAUCCGAGAUAUAUGUGUUUCUUAUGAGAAAUUAAGGAAACUUAACAAAAAUCACUGUAAACUUCUUAUGGGAAAAAUGACAGAAAUGGACAAAGUGGUUAGUGCACUACAAAACGAGCUACGAGAAGCCAAAGACAUGAUAUCACGGUUAGAACAUCAAAAAGUGGAAUGGGAACGUGAAUUCUGCAGUUUGAGAUGUACCUUAAAACAAGAAGAAGAAGAAGAAAGAAGAAAUGCUGAUAUGUUAUAUGAAAAUAUUAGGGAAAAGUUAAGAAGAAAAGAAGACGAAUAUAAGAAAGAAGUUGAAACAAAACAACAAGUUGAACUCGCUCUUAGAACGCUAAACAUGGAAUUGAAGGCCACCAAAAAUCAGGUAGUUGCAAGACAACUUCAACAAGAACUGGCUGAUACUCUGAAGAAACAGUCUAUGUCAGAGGCUUCCCCAGAGGUUACAUCAUAUCUUUGUCUGGAAGAUGAAACACGGGAUCUCAAGAAGAAAUUAGCUCAAAUCAGAAGUCAGUUGCAAGAAGAACAGGAACGACAUGGAGAGGCCGUAAGAUAUGCUGCGGAGAAGAAAGAUCAUGUGCAAAAGCUACAGGUUAAAAAUGCCACACAAGAAGCAACCAUCAAACAUCAAGCGGCCCAAAUUCAAUAUCUUGAGAGCAACGUGAUAAAGACAAGUUUGGCUGAUGUCCUUACAACAGAACUGGAAACUACAUCUUCAAAAUGUCUACACAUGGAUGCAAAAAAUCAAGUUCUUCAACAAGAGUUAUUAUCAAUGAAAGCUUUCGAAGAAGAACGUGAAAAACUAGAGAGCAACAACAAGAAGUUACAGCAAGAAGUAGUAAAAUUGAAACAAUUUAUGGAAAUGAAUAUGGUAGAACGCGGUCAAGUGGAACAGUAUAAACGGGAGAUUGAAGAAAGAGCACGACUGGACAUAGAAGAAAAAUUACACGAAGUCAACCUGUUUUUACAGGCACAAGCAGCAGCUCGAGAAAAUUUGGACCAGGUAAGAGAAAAUGCUCAUGCUUCAACGAGAAGUCAAAUGGAACUUAGAAUUAAAGAUCUGGAAUCUCAGCUCUCUACAAUGAAGAUGUCUCAAGAAGAUUCGACUAAAACAGAGUUGGAAACCUACAGGCAACUCUACCUAGAAGAAUUAAAAGUUAGAAAGUCCUUGAGAAAUAAGCUGAACAGGACUAAUGAGAGACUGUCAGAGAGCAAUACAAAACUUCUUGUGGAGAGACAGCAGCACCAAACUUUACUCAGGACCCUUACUAUGAGCCCAGGCCUGGAACCACCUUAUUGUGGACAUUUUGAAAAUAAUUUAGUGCUCAAUGGAAACCUUACUCCAAGAGGAAACUUAGUGAUUCCUACCUUAAACCCACGGCCGUCAUAUGACGACAGGGAGACUUCCUUGUGGAAGACGCAGCGGGAGUUGGAGAAAAGAAUAACCAGAGCACUAGAAGAAGCUGCUACCAAAUUUGAAUGAGGAUCCUGUAGAAAUCCUUUAGUAUCUACUGAUGAUUCAAUUCUAAAUCAAGAUCCAGUAUGGAAAGCGUCACGAGAAUAUGUACAGAUUUUGAACAAAAAUUAUACAAUUUGAAAAAUAAAUAGAAAAAAUUUA